GCCGGACACUGGUGUUGUAUGGUUUGGCAGUGGUUUACUGUGGUCAUUGAGGAUCAAAAAGGCUAAAGAUGAAGGCAGUGGUGGUUUUGGCGGCACUGCUGACUAUUGUGUGUCAGGUCAGCAGCAGCAGACUAAAGCAGAGCGAUGCGAAUCCAGCGGUGCUCAACCCAUGGAGACACAGAGUGAAGAGAGACUGGAUCAUCCCACCAAUCAGAGUAUUAGAAAACAGCAAACAUCUCCCUGAAGAUCUGGUCCAGAUUAAAUCAGACAAGAUUUUCACCGGUGAGGUGAUCUACAUGCUGGAGGGUCCCGGCGUUGAUCAGGAUCCCAAAGGCCUCUUUGAAAUCGAUGAAAAAACAGGAUGGAUCAAGAGCAAAGAGCCGCUGGACAGAGAAAAACACAAGAGUUUUAAACUUAAAGCCUUUGCACUUUCCCCAAGUGGAGAGAGACUGGAAAGUCCCACCACUAUUGAGAUCUACGUUCUAGAUCAGAACGACAACCGGCCCGAGUUUACUCAAAAAGAGUUCAUUGGUACCAUUCCGGAAUUUUCCGUUCCAGGAACAUCAGUGAUGCAGGUUACCGCGGUGGACUUUGAUGACCCUUCAACUGAUAACGCCGCUCUGAGUUACUCCAUCAUCGGGCAGGAGUGUGACCCUCCACACGGCAUCAACAAAACCAUGUUCGGCAUCAACAACAAAACCGGAGUCAUCUACAUACGAGACGUGGGACUAGACAGAGAUGUGGUGCAGUCCUUCAGGCUGACUCUGCAGGUGGCUGACAUGUCUGGAAUGGGCUUAACCUCUAGCAGCCGCGCCAUCAUUCACAUCUCUGACAUUAACAACCACGCUCCCAAAUUCCAGCCUACUACGUACAACAUGUAUGCAAUGGAGAACAAACUGAUUGCGGAGGUUGGCAGGGUCAAUGCGACAGAUAAGGACCAGAGAGGUGGAGAUAACUGGAGGAUUAAGUAUACCAUUGUAAAUCCUUCAGGACACUUUGCUAUCCGCACAGACCCCGUUUCCAAUCAAGGCAUAAUUUCUGUAGUUAAGUCACUAGACUAUGAAUACCAAGCAGAGUACAAGCUCAUUGUAAAAGCGGAGAAUGAAGUCAAACUUAAAUCCCCUUACGAGCAAAUACACAGUGCAACAGUCACCGUCAGAGUGAUGAAUGAAAACGAGGCUCCGAUCUUCUAUAAAAACCCGAUUAAAGUCACUGUUCCUGAGUCUGUUGUUCCCGGCACAAUCCUGGUCUCUGAUAUCGCUCAUGAUCCAGAUCAUGCCAAGCUAAGGUUUGAAAUCAUUCAGGAUCCUGAUGAGUGGCUUGCUAUUGACCAUUCAACUGGACAAAUCAUGGCCAAAAAAAACUUCAAAAUACGGUCUCCUUUUGUCAGGAACAACAUAUAUUCGGCUGUUGUGAAAGUCACAGAUCAAGAUGCUGAUGGCAUCUCUGCAACAGCUACCCUGGAGGUGAAUCUAUGGGAGACCAAUGAUUAUCCACCGUUGCUGAUACCCCAGAGUGGGACUGUGUGCAGUGACCGGGAUCCAGAUAAACUGGGCCUACUGCUUAGUGCCUUGGAUGAAGACAUGUCCCCGCAAGCUGACCCCUUUACUUUUAACAUUGCUGAUCAAAAUAUGGCUGCCAACUGGACUAUUAUAACUCUCAAUGAGACACAUGCAGUUCUCCAGCCUUUGGUAGACAUAGAGAGAGGAGAAUUCUCUAUUCCUGUGGUUGUAUCAGACUCAGGUUCCCCUUCCCUGUACUCCAGUGCUCUGGUCAACGUAACUGUGUGUCCCUGUGACAGUUUUGGUGACUGCAAGAGCAUCACGGCAGCCAUCUUUGGCUCCAAAAUUGGAAUAAGCUUCAUUGCCCUUAUGAUUAUAAUAGGAUGCAUUGCUCUUCUGUUGGUUCUUCUUCUUCUCACUGUGGCUGUGAGGAGUUGCACAAGUCAGAACAUUAGAAAAGGAGGAGGUCUGCUGGUCGGAGGAUCUGACGAUGACAUCCGAGACAACGUCUUUCAUUAUGAUGAGCAGGGAGGUGGAGAAGAGGAUGAGGAGGCAUUUAACAUUGAUUUUCUGAGGAGCCCCAGUGACAUGCUUCCAGCCCCAGCUUCAUUUUUCCCACAAGACUGUGGUUUGCCCAGAGGAAAACAACCUCUAAGGAAAGAUGCACCCCAUUACCUGCCUUCUCCUACAUAUCCACGCAAACCCCCUGGAGACCCAACCGACAUAGAAGAUUUCAUCAAUGUUGGCCUGGACGCUGCUGACAAUGACCCGAAUGUCCCACCAUACGACACAGCUCUGAUUUAUGACUAUGAGGGUGACGGGUCAGUAGCAGGCAGCCUGAGCUCCAUCGCUUCCACAGGCUCAGAUGGAGACCAGGACUACGACUACCUCAACGACUGGGGCCCGCGCUUUAAAAAACUGGCCAACAUGUACGACCCACGUUAGACGCAAGACCCGUUCAGAUACUCUCCUGCUCGCAAGUCCUUCAAAACUUAGGAUGAGGAGAGCUUUUACAUAAUUGAUAUUAUAGAAAACAGAAGGGCUUUCUCUGUUCCCUAGUGAUACGGUUUUGCUAAAGGUCAUCGGUGUCAAAAAGAGAGACCACAAACACAUUGUCUCUUUCCCUUUCCUUCAUGGAUCAGUGAACUGUUUCCACAUGCUGAUGUGACAGGUGCUUGCUGUGGGCCGUGAAAGCACCAACUGGAGGAAAGAAGUGUGCGUUAUUGAAUACUGAUUAGUUAUGGUGCAAAAAGACAUGCCUUGUUUGUAAAAAAAAAAAAAAA